AUGCUGGGAGUGUGGUCACAUGACUCUGCCGGGGAGGCUCUCUGGGUAAAGGGUAGGAAGAGAGGAAGUGUUGGAGUGUUCUCUGUCUGUCAUUGUGUGCUGCACAGUAACCUGGCAGGUAAAUAAAUAUUCUCUGCACAGUCUAACUAGGUGUUAACUUCAGGCUCUGCUGAUCGAAUGUUACCAACAUUGCUCUGAUUAUAGCUCUAUAGACGAAUGCAAUGCAAAGGGGAUGUGUGGGUGUGUUUAUAAAACUUAAAUUUUAUUGGGAGGCAGAAGGUAUGAUUCUCUGUGCCAGGGUGACACACAUUUAAUUGCAUAUUAUUAUUAUUAUUAUUAUUAUUAUUAUUAUAUAGUUCAGAUAGUUUAUUAUUUAUCCUGCUAUAUACUCUUUGGGAAGUAAUGGGCACUUUAUUAUUUAAUUCAAAGGUUAGAAACAAUGCCCCUCACCACCCUCUUACAAAAAAAUAAAAAUUUUUUUAACAAAAUGGUGAUGUCAGGGUUAACUGGGAACUUGUUACUGCUCACUGUUUCUGUGAGGGGAUAUAGAAGUUUAUAUUAUAUGACUUUUAGAUCAUUGGGUUUCAAUCAGAGUGCCUUUUGAAAGUUUUCUUAGAACUUAAUGACUUCAAAGUUAGAGGAGCUUCCUGAAUGCGCUCUCCUUAAGAAUAGUUUUUUUUAUUUCUUAAUGUCAACUUUCAGAAUGUGUUUUGCCAUCAGCCAGUUAAUUAAAACUCUGGCGCAACCUUUAUCUCUCUGUCGUGAAUUAAUUAAAAUUAGCAGGUCAACUUAUCGAAACGUCUGCACCGUGCGUGCUCAAUACUUCUGUAGUGAGGCUGCUAGUAAAUGUUUUCUAAUCCGCUGCUGGUAAAAUAAGUAUGUGUGCCUUGAACAUUUUCAUUUCAUUGAGCUGUGCUUUGGUCCAAUAAAAAAAAAUUGGAAAAUUGAGUGAGGCCCUCCCCACCUUCUGUUGUACUUCCAAUUUAGCAUGUUGCAACUACUUGUGUGUUAGUCCACAUAUUGCACAGUGCUGUGGAUUAUAUUGGUGUUUAAUAAAUCAUAUUAGCAGCUACUAAGCUACAUAAUAUAUGCUACAUUUGGCAUAGAACAUGGAGUCGCUCAGAUUUCACAUAGAGAUGCUCGAGCUCUACACCAGAUGCUCCUGACCACAGUGCCUUUAAGUGGCUGGCCGCAAAAGGCAACUAACUGUGUUUUUUUUUUUUUAUUCUUUAUUUUUCACGUGCACAAGAUAUUUUACAUGCUGGAAAAUGCCAUAUUAGCUGAAACAAGUGUAAUAAUAACAAUCAUCGUUGGUCAAAGAUAUGGCUAUUUGUAGACUGCACAUUUUUAAUAAUUAAACGUUGGCCCUAAAAGCAUGUAUGGAUGUCUAGCGUGCCAUUACAGUGGCGACAUAGUGUGUGCGGUGGGCAGUGAGUGGUCUGGGCAAUGUCGUGCAAGUUACUCCUGCUGCUAGUGUAUGCCUUGUCUAGUGGUCUAUCAUGUACCCGGCAGUCCGCCUGUCUAAUAUGUGGGGACUAUUUGAUGUGGAACGCAUCCUUGAGGGGGGGGUCGAGGGUCUGUCAAGUAGGUUAGUGUCCCCUGGGGGGUGGAGGGGAUGCAGGCGUGGGGACGAAAGAGUGAGUGGGCUCCACAUGGCCUGGUCUCUGUCGGUGAGCUAUGUGGGUGCAGAAGUUAGGGAAGCAGUGGGGCUGCUUAGUGAACAUCAUUUGUGAAAAUAAUUGUGUCCCGAGGUCGGUUCCUUUAAAGCCUGUCCUGGUGAGUCUAGGGCAGCCAUUAAAAACAUAUAAGGAAGCAUAUCAGAAAGUUUAAAAAUAAUAAUAAGAGAAGAGCCAUUAAUCAAAACUAUGAAAACAAAAAUACAUAAAAACCAUCAGGGUUCUUUCUGGGUGUUUUUGCAGUGCCUCCAUAUGAAGUUAGAGGUCCUGUAUUAUGGGAGAAUGUCCUGGUGCGAGUGCUGGGCCCUCAUGUGGUCGCCGCUGCGCACUCCGGUUUUCCUGUACCCUGUGGGAUGAAGGGGAUUGUCUUCACUGGAUCCCAUCUCGAAACCGUUGCUGUUGUUUCCGGUGCAGUGGUGGGCGGCAGCCCCUCCAGAGGCAAGCCCAGCGUUCGCAGCAAGGUGGGUGCUUCUUGGAUGUCUGAAAUGGAGUAGGCCUUGUUGUCUUGUUGUAUGUGUAGAGUGCGCGGCAUGCGCCAGCGGUUGGUAAUCUGUUUCUCUCGGAGCAGUUUGAUGACGGGUAGCAGGGACCUGCGCCACUGUAGAGUUUCCCCUCACAGGUCUGCAAAGAAGGACAAAGUCAUUGAUUCAAAGCUGUAGGUGGCUGCUCCCUUCAGGGCUGCGAGUACCACCAUUUUGUCGGCUGUGCUUCUGUACUUCACCACCAGGUCUCUGGGGGCUGCCUCAGGGGCUCUCCGGGGUUUUGGGAUCCCGAAGGCCGCUUCAAAGCCGAUGUUCCUGGCUUGCUUAGGCGUCAGUAGGGCUCCCGUGAGCCUCCGUAGAAGGUGUGGGAUUUCCUCAGCGGGUAUGUCCUCCGGGAUCCCGCGUAUCUUGAGAUUAUUGCGGCGCCUGUUGUCUUCUAUUGUCGCGAAGCGUUGGUCAGUUUUGGCCUGCUUUUGUUUUAAAGAUUGCAAUUCCUGCCUGAGCUCUGAUAUUUCCUGUGCUUGCCGCUUGGAGGUGACUUCGACCGCUUGAACAUGGCCCACUAGGCCCGUGAGGUCUGUGCGUAGCUGAGCGACAUCCGCCUGGAGGGUUUUCUGUAAGUCUCCCAGGAGAGUCUUCAGCAGCGUCGCCGUCACUGGUUCUGCAGCCACCGGACUUGGUGCCUGCUGUUGAGGCCUCACUAGAGGUAGGGUGGUAAUGGCUUCCUCUGGGUAGAAAUCCCCCGAGUAGUCAGAGAAUUCCUUGAGGUCGGCGGCCAUCUUGGUGGCCGUAUGCACUUGUGCCUGGUUGAAGAGGUCUCUUAUGUUGGCCCCCUGUUUUGGUCGGUCCGGUUUUUGUUUCUUGGUUUUCCUUCCCAUUUUCCUUUUGGGUUGUUUGGGCGUUAUCAGCAGUUUGGUGGCUGAAAAUUGUUAGUUUGCUCUGCAUAAACACGGAGACCAUCUACCCUGCGUCCGUUCGGAUCGGCUGCCAAGCUCCACCCCCCCAACUGUGUUUACACUCAGAAAAUAAGUCAUAAAGGACUUUACACUUGACAGCUGUGAUUUCUUCACUGCAAAAUCUGUUUAGUUUGCAAAGUGCUGUUGUGUUAUCUGUUCUGAGAGAUACAUUUUAUUGUAUUAUCCACCUUGAAUUUAUUUUUCUUAUUGUUUUGCUUUUGUUAUAAAAAUGGUAUUUCCUAUGAAUUAUCUUGUCUGAUUGAUAUAUAGUGGUUGACAAAUUGUUGGAAUUAACUUGUUAAUGAAUAACCAAAUGCGUAGUGCAUGGCCAAAUACACAAUUUGUAGCUGCUAGUAGACCACAGCUCCCUUGAACCCUUGCCAUAUACAUGCCAAAUUCUAGGGUACUUAUGAUUUCAAUCUGCAUAUUCGAUUGUAGUAUGCUAAAGCUAUUGGCCCAUUAUUUGACCACCUCUGAACUGACUAAAAAUAUUGCACCUUAGUCAGAUUGUUUAAUGCAUCUAACGCGUUAAUCAAAAUAUUUGAAUAACUUUUAAUAUUCAGUGACACUUUGCAGGACACUAACAAAUACAUUCCAGGUUUAUUGGUUCCAGGUUUUAUAUUUAGAUGUAAGUGAUUAAAUUAUUUUUUCUACAUUUUUAAAUAUGUACUACAAGUUCUGUUUUUUUUUCUUUGAGCACACACCUUUUAACUGUUCCAUGAGAGUUUAAAAGUGGUGGAAGAAUCAUUCCUGGAAGGGCAUUUAUGCUGAAAAGAGCAAUUUAUUUUGCUGAAAAGAGCAAUUUAUUUUCAAGGCAUUCUUAUUUCAACGAAAGUGUGAGUGGCCAUUUGAAAACUACACAUUUGGUUUAUUCAUACACACAGUUAUGCGCUAUGCACUGUUCUUGUCAUUUGUUUAGCAGAUCAUCCCCUUUUUUGCUAUACAUUUAUUGGUUUCUGCAUGAAUAAUAACCUAAUAACAAGCCAGUAGGCACAGUUACCAGAGAAGCUAUGCAUGUUAUAUUUUAUACCUGAACAUGCAAAGCCAGAGAUUAUUUUUUUUUUAUAGUGAAAUUCCCUAAAGCCAUAUACAUUAAGAAGAUCAUUACAUGAACAAGUAAUAUUAUUAAUAUGUAUCUAAAAUGUUUUAAAUAUUUAUUUUCCAAGCAAAGGGCAGGGGCGGUGGUGGCUGCUCUCCUGUACUGCAGACUCCUCUUCACAAGUGCUGGGAGGAAUUGAUCUGAGAUCACUUUCACCAAGUGCUGCAAUAAAUUAAUUGAGGACUGUCACCCGCUGUUAGUUUGUUUGGCACUAGCAGAUAUAGGAAGAACUCCUACUGGGACUCAAGAUAGGGCAACUUGUUUGCAAUGCUUGGCACAUAUGCCACAGGUUGAAGACCCCUGCUAUGGAACUUUAGGGCUGCUUAGAAAUAUUUUGAUUCUUUGCAGAAUCAUUUGACUCCUAAAAAGAAAAACAAUGGCAAGGGUAAAGUCAUAUCUUGCGUGUAUAGUUUGUUUGGUGGAUUUACCAUCUGUUUUAAGGACUACUGCAUCACUGUAUGGCAAAUUUGCCUGUUUAAAGGAACACUCCAUAAUCUGCUGUAGUGGUUAAGGUCUCAGGAGUGCACUGGCACCCUUCAAAAGUAAGUAGUCAAACUGUUUAUAACUAAGUUGAUCACUUAUCUCAGUCCCACCGCUGCCUCCUCUGCUUCUACAAGCUCUACCACUGAGUUAAGGCAUGAAAUGCAGGGCUGUAAUUAUUGGCUGAGAGCACUAAGCUGAUACUCUACCAGUGAACUGGCAAUUUAGAACUCCGUUCCGUGGAAUUAGCGAAUGCUACUUGCAGAAGGGCACCCCGACACCAACCCCACUAAAGCUGCUUAUGGCGUUUAAAGUCUUCCUAUCAAUGUAUAAUGUCUGAAGUUCAUUUUAAACUUAUAAAGAUUAUUUGUUAAUCAUACCGUGUUUUAAUUUAUUCAGUAUUUUCCUCUUCCAGGGCUUCCAAUGGAUAUCAGCUGUGACUGUUGCCGUAUUUUGGGAGUGGCCCUUGGGGCGUUAUUGUUAUUUGUAUUGUUCUGGAUAGCUCAUCGCCUUGGCAUUAUCUACCAACUCUUUCACAAGGUAUAAUAGAAUAAUAUCAUUAAUAUGUUUGCUGCCAAUUUAAUUAGCAUCUUUUUCAUCAUAACAAUGUUCUUAAUGUUUACGAAUGCAUUUCUAUUCCAUAAAAAUCCGCAUCCAAUUCAAAUUAACCCUGAAGUUUAAUAUGCAAAUGUGAAGUGUAUUAUGGGUAAAUUGAUAGCAGCUGUGGAAUAGCUGCCAGCUGUUCACAGAGCAGUUCCCCCUACUCUUAGAUGUGAGGGGAACUUUUCUUGGUGAUAAAAUACUCAUCCUAUAAACCCUUGCUGUGCUUAGAAUUAUGUGAGAAAAUAGUUUCUUCUAAAUCAGUGGUCCUCAAACUCUGGCCCCCCAGAUGUUGCAGAACUACAACUCCCAUGAUUCUUUGAAUUACAUAGAUAGCCAGAAAAACAUGGGAGUUGUAGUUCAGCAACAUCUGGGGGUCCGGAGUUUGAGGACCCCUGUUCUAAAUGCUUAAGGGGUCUGCCGGCAACUGCAAAUACUACACCAAGAGAAACUUUAAAGGUGAGAAACAUUUUUUUCUUCUUCUUCUUAUGUUUUUAGUGCACUAUCUUUAGAAUGCAUUCAAAGAGGAGGCACAUUUUGUCAUAUAGCCAACAGCAUGAACCAGAUGUUUGCCAACAUCUGUAGAAAUUAGACACCAAUAGACAUAUUGGCCAACAUAAGCAGGUGCAACUGCCAAAAUACAAACCACUGCCUAGGUAAAUUGAUCAAAUAUUUCUCAAGUUAACCCCUUAAGGACACGUGACAUGUCAUGAUUCCCUUUUAUUCCAGAAGUUUGGUCAUUAAGGGGUUAAAGGAACUCACCAGUCACCAUAACCACUACAGCUCACUAUAAUUGUUAUAGUGCCAGAAGGGAUCUGUACAUUGUACCGAGGCAAACCAUUUUUGAAUGGCUUGGAUACUUAACUGUGGUCUGGUGUGCACUGCUCCCUACUUCCAUUACCACUGUCAGCGAGAAUUUUUUAAGCAUUAACUACCGUUAACUCUACUUAGCUAAGCCAAUCAAGGACUCAGCUGUAGUGGUUAUGGUGCUUACCGUAUUCCUUUAAUUCUAUUAGUUACAUAGGCUGAAAAAAGACGUGUCCAUCAAGUUCAGCCUUCCUCACAUUUGUUUUUUGUUCUCCAAAAUAAGGCAAAACCCCCCCAGUUUGAAGCACUUCCAAUUUUGCAACAAAUUAGGAGAAAAAAUCCUUCUUGACCCCAGAAUGGCAGUCAGAUUUAUCCUUGGAUUAAGAAGCUAUUACCCUACAGUUUAAAAAUUUUAUCAUUGAAUAUGUUUUUGCAAGUAUGCAUCCAGUUGCUGUUUAAACAUAUGUACAGAAUUUGAUGAAACCACUUCUUCAGGCAAAGAAUUCCACAUCCUUAUUGUUCUUACGGUAAAAUAAACCUUUCCUUUGCCUUAGACUAAGUCUUCUUCUUUGUUAGUCUAAGGUAGAUGAAAGGUAUUUGUAUGCAAUAUAGAUACAUAGCAUGGGGGGUGGAGUGAUAUAUAAUCCUUCAUUUUUUAUCUUUCCAGGUGGAAACAAAGAGUUCACGUCAUGGUGGAGAGCUUGUGGCCAAUGUAUUACGGGCUCAUGGAGUACGUUAUGUUUUUACCUUAGUUGGAGGGCACAUAUCUCCCAUACUGGUCGCUUGUGAAAAGUUGGGCAUCCGUGUAGUGGACACGAGGCAAGAGGCCACCGCAGUAUUUGCUGCCGAUGCUGUAGCCAGACUCUCUGGUAUGUGCAUCUCUGGUAUACCACAAACUAUUUGGCCUGUUUCUUAGUUAUCUUGUACAUCAGUGGUUCUUUUUUUUUUUUUUUUGACAGGCACUAAUAUAAUACACGUGGCAAUAGCUUGGUGAUCUAUCCUGUGAUUAGAGAUCUAUAGCUCCAUUCUUUGCUCAGUGACCCGUUCUAUAGCUGUAAUAUAAUGUAGUAAAAAGUUCAAUUUUGAAGCAACAAGUUUUAAUUAAUUCACAAUUUGUCAAACAGGAACCCUGCAUAUUUUUUAAAAAUAUUUAUUCCUUAUUACACAUCUUUCUGGUGUAGUAGACGAGAUAUCGGAGGUGCUGCCCCUAGACAUAUAAUGGGUUUCCUCAGGAGAGCUCAACUUCUUUCCUGCAUCUUCUGUGAACUCUAUUUUACACUAAUAGUUUAUAAAUCCGUUUAAUUCUUCCUAUAAACUACAUAUCGAACAAACCUCUGCUCAGGAGAGAAUCAUGGGAUAGCAUCAUAGACCAGAUGAAGUCUCUCCCGGUAAGGGGACUAUUUUAUAAUCGAUUAUUUGCAUAAUGCUUUGACAAUAGCAGUUUAUUUUUUUUAACCAAUAAUGUUUUCAUUUUUCCAGACCUGAAUUCUUGUUUGAACUGAUCUUUUCUGUAUUUUGGUGCAGGCACCGUGGGGGUGGCUGCAGUAACCGCGGGUCCUGGCUUAACCAACACGGUAACAGCCAUUAAAAAUGCUCAAAUGGCGGAGUCCCCGCUCCUACUCAUCGGUGGAUCAGCAGCAACUCUUCUACAGGUAUGUUAUGACAAAUCCUGCUGGUAAAAGGACACUUACUUCCUGAGUUCUAAAGUCACUGAGAGAGUAACUAAAUAGUAAUUUAAGUAUUACCUAUAAAUCUGUUCCUAAGAUACAAUACCUGUUCCGCACGCUCCCAAUCCUAAUCCCCCCUCAUUUUUUAAAAGUAUCCAACGAGAUUUAGAUAAAUUCAUUUGGGCAGGAAAGAAACCCAGAGUUCCGAGGGCUCUCAUACUUGCACCUAAGAACAGAGGUGGCCUGGCGGUCCUCAACGUCCAAACCUAUCAUCACGCUACUGUAUUGGCGUCGGUAGUACCCCAUUUUAUUAAUACCUCACCACCCCAAUGGGUUAUAAUGCAAAGAAAGAGGUUAGAGCCUUAUGUCCUACCAGACCUACUGUGGCUUCCCCAUGGGUUUAGACCAUGUGUCCAGAACCCCUCCAAAUACAGCUGAUUUAUCAUGUAUGAGAUAGAGGCAAACCUUCCUUCAGUAGCAUACCAGAUCUUUCACUUGCUACACCACUUAAUGCCCUAACAUAUUGUGUCCCUACAUUUCACGCAGCCCCGUUGUAUGUGGUGGGGAUAACACAUCUGUACCAUAUCUUUCAAAAUAAUACCCUUCUGGAUUUUGACCACCUGUCAAAUAAAUAUGGUCUUCCACGUACCUCCCUCUACUCAUACUUACAACUCAAAUCAUUUGUCUCAAGUUAUUACAAUUACUGCCUAACAAAAUACCACAAAUGUCUAUUUCAAAAUGGGAGCAUAUUUGUAUCAAUGGUAAAUUACCCCACCACGUAUGUCGAUCCCCAUGUGUUACAGUCUCCUACUAACAUAUGAUCUAUACCAUACCUCAAGGAUUGCCUCCCAGUGGGAAUCCGAUCUUAAUUGUGCGGUCUCCCCUAAGCAAUGGGAAAAGUGGAUCUCAAACCCUAGAGGGCUCAUUAGAUCCUAGCUUUACUUGGAACAGCACAUGAAAAUGUUGCACAGGUGGAAAUGGUGCCAUCCAGACUGUACAGAAUAGAAUAUACCUGUUGGAGGUGUAACAUAAAAGAGGGUACUUUUCUCCGUAUGUGGUGGCACUGUGCGACAUUGCUGCCCUUCUGUCAAACUGUCCACGACAUUAUUUUGCGGUGUAUGGGCUGUUCUAUCCCCUUUACUUAUCACCCAGGACCAAACAUGUGGCCUGUAAACUAAUCUACCAAAUUGUGUAAAAGGGAAACUCUAGUGCCAGGAAAACAAACUUGUUUUCCUGGCACUAUAGCUUCCCUUUCUAUCACGGCUCCCUCCCGCGGCACUGAAGGGGUUAAUAACCUCUUCAGUCACUUACCUGGGUCCAGUGCAGAUGUCCCACGGCGCUGGCUCGGCUCCGCCCACCCUUCUCCACUGCGGCGUGGGAGACCUAAUGCGCAUAUUCAAUGCUUUCGUAUGGGGAAAAUCUGACACGUCGGAUAACUGUCCUAAAGUCCGUUUGGAUUCCGCAAGUCCCUCUAGUGGCUGUCUGGUAGGCAGCCACUAGAGGAGAAGUUAAUCCUUAGAGGUAAUUAUCGCAGUUUAUAAAAACUACAAUAAUUGCCACUGCAGGGUUAAAGGACCACUAUAGUGCCAGGAAAACAUACUCGUUUUCCUGGCACUAUAGUGCCCUGAGGGUGCCCCCACCCUCAGGGUCCCCCUCCCGCCCGGCUCUGGAAGGGGGAAAGGUGUUUAAACUUACCUUUUUCCAGCGCUGGGCGGGGAGCUCUCUGCCUCCGAUCCUCCUCCGUUCCUCCUCCUGGGCUGAAUGUGCACGCGCGGCAAGAGCUGCGCGCGCAUUCAGCCCGUCGCAUAGGAAAGCAUUUAUAAUGCUUUCCUAUGGACGCUUGCGUGCUCUCACUGUGAAAAUCACAGUGAGAAGCACGCAAGCGCCUCUAGUGGCUGUCAAUGAGACAGCCACUAGAGGAUUAGGGGGAAGGAUUAACCCAUUUAUAAACAUGGCAGUUUCUCUGAAACUGCUAUGUUUUAAAAAAAAUGGGUUAACCCUAGCUGGACCUGGCACCCAGACCACUUCAUUAAGCUGAAGUGGUCUGGGUGCCUAGAGUGGUCCUUUAAGGAUAAUUGGAGUUUGCACGCAGACCACUUCAAUGGGCUGAAGUGGUCUGGGUGCCUAUAGUCUCCCUUUAACAGCUCGUCAAUUGAUAGCUAGAGCCCGGAAAUCCUUUUUGGCUCCUAAAGUCCUCACCUUGACUGCUGAAUUAGAUAAACAAUGUCUAUAUGAAACCAAAUGCACAUCUAUAUUCCCUCCUUCAGACUGUUCCAGGGAUGCGUGGUUGCUGUGGCACACAUGGAGAUCGACCCCCACCUGAAUAUCUUAAUGACUAUCUUAAUUUGUAAAGCUCUACACUAAGUAUAAUUUUGUGAUUCUUAUAGGCCUGUGUUGCAUGCUGUGGGGAACGACUACUACACAUUCUGCUACACAGCAUUUGCAUGUUGUUGUCUAUAUUUCAUGCAUAACUGUUAGAUGACUCUCCCUAUAUUACAAUUCUAGUUCUAGUUUUGUAACGUUCUAGCCUUAGAAUCUGUUUUUAUCCGGUGUACGGAUGUAAUGCUGACCGUGGGUCAUAUAAGUGCAAAACUAGAACCAGAAUCUUCUUUUGGGAGAGUAUGUCACAAAAAAGUGCUUAUAGUGAAAUCUGUGUAUAGCAGCUCUGUACAUUAGUGUGGAUUACCCUUUAUUCCACACACAAUUUAACACAAAGACCAAAAAUUGGAAUACCAUAUACAUAUACCUUAAGUGGAGAGCUGUGAUUGUUUGGGGGUUGUCCCUCAAGAUCUUAUUCGAACCGUGCACGUCAAGUGGAUAUAUACAAAAAAUAUAGAAAGUACAAUAUAAUGCAGAUUGUAAAACACUGUGAUAAUUCAGUUAAGUAGCAGAAUGGAUCACUCACAUUUCAAAGAGUUUACAUUACUGAGCCAAUAUUAUAGGCUCUUUGAAAUGUGAGUGAUCCAUUUUGCUACUUAAUUGAAUUAUCACAGUGUUUUACAAUCUGCACUAUAUUAUACUUGAUAUAUUUCUUGUAUAUAUCCACUUGACAUGCACGGUUCAAACAAAAUCUUGAGGGACAACCCCCAAACCCUCAUAGCGCUCCACUCAAGGUAUAUGCAUAUCGUAUACCAAUUUUUGUCUCUGUGGUAUCAUAUAAGUGAUAUGUACUCGUACCUUUUACCUCCCUCCACUUCCCCCCUCUUUUCUUCUGUAUUUAUCCCUUAUGUUGAAAAAUUUAAUAACAUUUUCAAAUUGAAAAAAUAUAUAUAUAUAUUUGCUUUUAAAUUUUUAAAAAAUGUACUUGUUUUUAUGCUUUUCAUUUCUAUGUAGGGUCGGGGAGCUCUCCAAGAUAUAGACCAGAUGUCACUAUUUAAGCCAAUUUGUAAAUUCUGUGCCUCUGUUAGGACAAUACGCCAGAUCAUUCCUGUGCUAAGGAAAGCUAUGGCUCUCGCUCAGUCUGGAACACCAGGUAAGUAGUGGUAAUGUGAGCUGUACUGGCAGCUACUACACACAGAUUAACAAUCUAUGUUAAUCUUCAAAUAUGCUAGCAGUUUGACUGGCACAGUGUAAAGAAUAAACUAGGUAAUGGUGAUAAAGUGCCAGCGUUUGUUACUUUAUUCAGUUUAGUGAAUACACUGAUUGAAAUGUUCUAAUAGCCAGGUUUUUCAGUGAUCACAUGUCUGUAUGCAAUUAACAAGUUCCUGUUUUAUUUUUUAUUUUUUUCUCUCUCUCUCUCAUUCACACUAUCUCCAGGACCAGUGUUUGUUGAAUUUCCUAUUGAUAUUUUGUAUCCGUACCAUGUUGUCCACAAAGAACUGUCCCCAAAAGGUGUUCCAAAAGGAAUUGUAGGCAAAGUUAUCAACUGGUGAGUCUAAAGAUUCUCUUUACGACUAUUUAUAUCUUAAACUAAUAAUUGCUUGAAGCAUCAUAAUUUACAGGGAUUUUAAAGGGAAAACGGGCUGUUUGGGGCGUUUUGGAGUGAGGACUGGUUUGGGAACCACUGGGCUAGGAUAUUGGAAGGUGGACUGGUUUGGGAACCCCUGGGGCAUUGCAAUGCCGCAUUAUGGUGUUUAAAUAAGUUCAUAAUUUGCAAUCUUGUUUUAGGUACUUACAGAAUCACCUUAAAAAUUUGUUUGCUGGAGCCUGGGAACCUUGUGAUGUUUCACCUCUCCAGGUCUCUAUCCCUCUUGCCACGGCUGACCAGGUAACAUGUUUUUUUUUGUUAAAAAUAAAAAUUAAUUCUGCUGCAUGUGUAAAUAUAGCCUGUGUUUGUUAUGGAAUUUCAUCAUCAAAAAAUAUCUUCUAACCAUGUUCAAAUAGUAUUGCGCCUUGUACCUUUAUGCCAUUUGAUGACAGUGUCCCCAUUGCUUGAUUAGCUAAUUAAGUAGGAGUUGAGCGGGUUAUAGUUGCAUACUGUUGCCAGCCACUAUAUAUUUCUACAAAAAUAUACAGAAAAAAGACUGCAACCGAACUUUCUAAACUAUUUCACGUCUUUGCAACAGUUUCUUAAUCUUACCAAUUAUAAUACAGUCAUCUUUCUCUGCUUAGUCACUUUUCUGUGAAUAGUAUUUCAUUGAAGUAUGUAGAUACAACAUUAGAUCUAUGAAUGGACGUUACAUUUUUGAAAUACUAUCUAUAUAUCUUCACAGCAGGGCAGGGACCUUUCCUAAUCAGAGGGGCCAAGAAAGGGGGCGUGUUGUUAUCACCAAUGACAAGCACAUACCCCCAAAGUGAGCCUGUUUGCUUAUUGUUUUUUCCAGGGCAGCCAAUGCGCAGAGCUCAACUAACGAGCUCUUACUUGGGAAUUAGGCCCUGUGUAAAGCACAUUGCUGCGUUUGCUUGUGUCUCUGGUGUCUCCAUAAGUGGGUUACAAGAAGACAGAAAAUGCCAGGAGACCGUAUUGUGCAUGUGCUUGUGGGCUAAUUGUGCUAUUGCACAAGUGUAAAGUGACCUGUGUGCGUGUUAGGGAUGUUGUGUGUGUGUGUGUGUGAAUGUAUGAGACGCAGUGUGUGUCUGUAGGGGAUCUAGCGUAUUCGUAAGGGAUCCAUAAUGUGUAUAUGGGAUGUAUUCUGUGUGUGAGUUGUGUAUGUAUGUGGUGGAGCAUGUGUCUGUAGCAGUUCUAGCGUGUUUCUAAAGGAUCCCUAUUGUGUGUGUAUAUGGAAUAUACUUUGCGUAUCAAUGAUAGAAACAUAGAAUGUGAUGGCAGAUAAGAACCAUUUGGCCCAUCUAGUCUGCCCAAUUUUCUAAAUUCUUUAACUAGUCCCUGGCACUAUAUUAUAUCUAGGAUAGCCUUAUGCCUAUCCCAUGCAUGCUUAAACUCAUUCACUGUGUAAACCUCUACCACUUCAGCUGGAAGGCUAAUCCAUGCAUCCACUACCCUCUCAAUAAAGUAAGACUUCCUGGUAUUAUUUUUAAACCUUUGCCCCUCUAAUUUAAGACUAUGUCCUCUUGUUGUGGUAGUUUUUCUUCUUUUAAAUAUAGUCUCCUCCUUUACUGUGUUGAUUCCCUUUAUGUCUUUAAAUGUUUCUAUCAUAUCCCCCCUGUCUCAUCUUUUCUCCAAUCUAUACAUGUUAAGAUUCUUUAACCUUUCCUUGUAAGUUUUAUCCUGUAAUCCAUGAACCAGUUUAGUAGCCCUUUUCUGAACCCUUUCUAAGGUAUCAAUAUCCUUCUGGAGAUACGGUCUCCAGUACUGCGUACAAUACUCCAAGUGAGGUCUCCCCAGUGUUCUGUACAAUGGCAAGAGCACUUCCCUCUUUCUACUGCUAAUACCUCUCCCUAUACAACCAAGCAUUCUGCUAGCAUUUCCUGCUGCUCUAUUACAUUGUCUGCCUACUUUUAAGUAAUCUGAAAUUAUUACCCCUAAAUCCCUUUCCUCAGAUGUUGAGGAAAGGGAUUUAGGGGUACACAGGCCGCCCUUUCCUCUGAUACUGCCUGGUUCAGUCCACCCACCACUCCCUUUAUCAAGCCAUUGAUAAAUUUUGUUGGGCCUUUUACUACAGGCCCACCCAAACGUUGGUUUUGGCACACCACUACCGACUUACACCACUACUACUAUAAUUCGGCUUAUUGUCCCUGACCACAAAUAUAUGUUUAUGUGUAUAUAAAUUGUUUUAAUUUUUUUUUGUCAGUUAAAAUUUAUAAGCAUGCAUCUUUCUCUUAUUUUCAGUAAUUAUCUGUUUACUACUCAAUUUCAUUCAGGUUCAGCGGUGUAUAGAGCUGGUGAGCCGUGCAAAAAAGCCAGUAUUCCUUUUGGGUAGCCAGGUCACCCUUCCUCCCAUUCCUGUAGAAAAACUCAGGUAAAAGAAAACACCAAUAAUGUGACCGUUUCAUAACUCGUGCAACUUUUCAUUCUUGUCUUAGUAUAAAUUAGGACCCAGUGCAUUUAUAUUGCAGCCCAAAAAAGCAAACAAUUGCCAAAAAGUUCAGUUUUUGUACAGUAUAAUUAAUAGUGACAUAGUUGGGUCCUGUAUAGGCCAUGGUAUGGUGAGCAGAACAGAGGAAAGUAUUUUAUGAAUUUAAUUUAAAAAAAAAUACAUUUAAAAAAUCCAAAUUUACAAUUUAAAAAUACAAUUAAAAACAAUAAAAUUACAGAGUGCAUUGUUCCUGUCAAAAUGUAUUAUAGUCUCAUUUUGUUAAAUUCCUCCCUUCAUAUUGUAAUUCACUACGGAAUAAGUUGGUGCUGUAUAAAUGUCAAUAAUAAUAAUAGUAAAUAUUUUUAUUGAAUGAAGUAUGAUGUUUGAGUUUAUUAAGGAAACCAUCACCACCUAUGGACCAUCUAGUAUAUUGCAUGCUGAGUUUUGCUUUUAGUUUUUGAUGCCUAUAUGUUUAGCAUGUAUUUAUUAUUUGUAUUAUAGGAGCCUAAAUUGUUUACUUACUUGAUCAUAAAAUCUUUUUUUUUCUGCACUUAACAGAAAAUCUUUGGAGUCUUUAGGCAUCCCUUGUUUCUUGGGAGGGAUGGCAAGAGGCAUGCUGGGAAAGGACAGUCCUUUGCACAUUCGUCAGAAUCGAAGGGAAGCCUUGAAGGAAGCAGAUCUGGUUAUUCUGGCUGGUAAGAAUUUUCAUAAUUGGUGGAAUAGAUUAUUGUGUAAAUCAAAAUUUAAAUAUCCGAGUAAUAACACGAUUACCAGUCAGUGUAGCUUAUCAUUCUGCCCAUAUUUUCACUUUGCCUUACCAUGGUGUCAUUGGGUCUGCCAUCAUCUGAUUUGUGUCCUAGCUGUAACUAGGGUGUGCAUCAGAGUUAGACCUCAUAACCAAGGAGGCCACGGGGGGGGGACGGGGGGAGGGUAGGUGUGGUUUGGUAGCAAAAUAGACACCAUGGUGUGUGCGCUGAGGGCCAUAUCUGCUAUUUGUCUCCUUAAGCAAAGUGAUGUACAGCUCAAACGUGACAGAAGCACCAAUAUCAACAAGGCGUCAUUAUUCCAAUCUUUUUAUAGCAGUUUUUAUUUAUAUUUAAUAAUUCUCUAUUUUCAUAUACAAAAAGUACACAAACAGGCAUAUUAGAGUCAAUGUUUAGUUAGACGAGUUCUCUAGACACAAUGUUUGGAAAGCAACUUUAAGCAGUGGCCUUAACCUUUUUAUCACAUGGUAUUGCAAAGUCGCUUAUUUGAAUUGUCAGACAUUUAUAUGAACAUACUAUUUGUUUACUUAGGUUGGGAGAGAACGGUAGAUAUCUAAAGCAAUAUGCCAUAUGAUUUCAGCUCUGGGCUAAUUAAGUAGUAUUUGUGAACUAAAAGAUUUUACUGGGUGAGUUAUACAGGCAUACCCCACUUUUAAGUACACAAUGGGACCAGAGCAUGUAUGUACAACGAAAAUGUACUUAAAGUGAAGCGAUACCUUUUUUCACUUCCCAAUGCAUGUACUGCAUUGCAAUAGUAAUUUACAGGCAUAACUGAUACCGCAACUGCAGAUUUCCAGUGAUUUUAUUUCCAGUGAUUUAUUUAGUGGUCUCCAAUGGGCUUUUAUUCAGUUAAAACAAACAGUAAAAAGAAAAAUCUCAUUCCAGAUUGUACUACUUAUCUUUAAUGUUUUACUCAUCUGACAACCUUAAACUGGGAGGAAAAGUAAAAUAAACCUGCCCACUGAGCCAUUUUCUGCCAAUUCAAUGCCAAUUUGUAUUUGUUAGCAGCUUAGUUGCGCACUUUGUUUAGAAACACCUCUUCAUCACUUUAAACAGUUAUGGUUUAACUUUGAAUCCUCAGAAUUGUGACUAAUGCAGCUAAGCUGGUAAGUCCUAGUUAUAGAAAAUGGCAGGGUAAACCCUUUCACUGGAUGGCGCCGAUUGCAGAAUAUGGACAAUGUAGGGGCAGAAAAAAAUAUAUAUGUUCAGCUAGGAGUAGGCAUGAUAAAUUUGAGAUGAUUUAACCUGUGCCAUGUUAGAAGGUGUGAAAAGAUUUUGCCCCAAAGAUACUGAACUGAGCUGCUCUGGGCGAGAAUAGAACCUUCCAUUUCCGGUUAACUCGCAAAAGGAGAGGCGCGGGAAUGUCUGUACUCGCAAGGCACCUUUACAUACACUGGUGGGAAUGUCUGUACUCGCGAGGCACCUUUAAGUACACUCGCGGGGAUGUCUGUACUCGCGAGUGUAUGUAAAGUGAGUGUAUGUAAAGCGGGGUAUGCCUGUAUACCAGUAAGAAAAGAUGAAGAGGUAAUAGAAGAAAAGGUGUAGAUAAGGGACCUCGGAAGAGUAUAGGGUAGAAGGAAUUAAGAGGGAAAUAAGGAGCCAAAGAGAACAAAGUAAAUAUAAGAGGGGGGCUUAGGGGGGUGUCCGGCUCACCCAAGGAAUUGGAUAAAUGGGUAGGAAGUAUAUAGCAAGAUAAGCAAAAUGGUCAAUAGCGCCUUGGAAGCCCGUUUUUAUUUUUUGGAACAUAUUGUUUCUCUGUGUAGAACAUUCCGUUUCUGUUGUGUCUCCAUUUAGCCAGGGGUUCCAAAUGUUGUGGUACAUUUUGGGAAAGUCCUGAACAUAUAGCUAGUGCUUCGGUUGUCUUUUUUGUUUUACUGUGGUUAGGGCUGUCACAUGACCAGGCAACCAUGACUUUCUUGUUGCUCUACGUGUUAAUAAUGCUACACUUAUUGCCAGUUUAUUUUCGGCCUUUAUAAAUGAAUCAAAUGUUUUGGAAAAAAGUAGAGCCUGUGGGUCCAAGUGUCAGCGGGAGGAGGUGCAUUUUUGCUAGUUUGAGGGGUGUGGUGUACCAACAAAAUAACAUUUUGUAGACCUGUUCUUUGUGACUUACACAAAUGGUGAGGGACUUUAAUAUAUUCCAUAUCUUCGACCAAUCAAAGGCUUCCUGUGCGGGACCUAAAUGUUUUCCCCAGGCUGCAAUAUAAGGGAGGGUAACUUGUGUGUUGUGUGCGGCCAUGGAAAUGUAUAGAUCUGAAGUUCGACCUUUUGGGUUGGGUGCACCAGUGCAUCUUAAUUCAGAAGAAAACUGAGAUGCUUGCACUCCUGGAUUAGAGAGUAAUUGCCCGGUGCUGGUCAGGCACAAGAUACAAAAAAAAAUGAUUGGAAAUGACCGCACUCCAAGGACUUGUUGAUAGUAAAAAUAAAAUAUAACUUUUAUUCUAUAUCAUAUAAAAAAAUAUCGACGUUUCAGCCCCAAUACAUGGGCUUUCAUCAGGAUGGCAAUACAAUACACAAAUACAUAUAAAAUACUUAUAUAGCAAAACAUAAAGGGAUACUAACCAGCUUCAUGUGUGAGAGAACCGAAUUGGCGUUCAAACUGCAUGUGGAACAGCUGAUCAGAGUGCUUCAACCGUAGUUGCUAGGCACUGCGUUCCAUUUGGUUGCUAGGUGAUUAGUGAAACGCAAUUUCAACCGAUUGCUAUGCUGUUAGAUCAGUAGACACAGAGCUAGUAUUGCUGUGUGUAUGGAUCGUGAAAUCCUUCCUUCUGCCUGCUACUUUCUGGCACUGUGUCUGGAAUGCAAUUGAUACAAAGUAUCAGUAGGCACCAUACAUCGAUGUGCUGCAGCACUAACAGGAUAGAGCCCUUGACAGGACUUCAGUCGUUUCAGCAAGUCAGGGACACACCAGGAAAGAAGAGCGUAUUGUAGGAGAAAGAGAACUUGGUCCUUUGUCCUCAGUUCUUUAUAGGCAAAAUUAUGUUAUAACUUUUAAUUUAGACUCUGGCCAUAUAAGGAAACUCCCCAUACAAGGACCCUACCGUUUUCCACAUCCUUAUCUCGACCAGGAUUUUUUUUAAUGUAGUUCCCUCUGCCUUGGCCUUCCACAACUUAAUUUUCCCUUUUUGGAAAAAAACAAACGAACCCACCUAAGCCUAUCCAUAACCUAUUAUUUUAAAAGCUCCACUGGUAUCCGAUCCACUCCUUUCAACCUUUUCAUUCCUGUCCUGUUUGUUCUUUAACCCUCUUUUAUCUCUGCUCCAUUCCAGUUCUGCUUGUUUUUCUUCCAUAUAUGUAUAUCUAUUUCCUUUCAAAACUUGAAUAAAUAAUUAUUAUUUUAUAAAGUAGGUUUUAGGUGACAGUUGUCCUAUAAAACACAUCAUACCUGUAAUGAUGUAUACCAUAUCAAAACUUUAUGCUUGUUAAAUUUAAAAAUCCAUAUGUUAAUAAUCCUAACAAUAUAAAAACCCUAUUAGGGCGAAAUGUCCCUUGUCACAUCAGAUGAACACACUCAACCUAUCCAUACCUCCCAGGACUUAAUGAAAAACCUUAUAAAUCUUUGUAUACGUUCUAUAACAGAAUUAUGUGUUUGCAGCUGUCUGAUCAUCAUUGAUGAAAACUGUCUGACAGUUGAUUGAUUAGGACUAGGUGAACGUGUGUUUUUGUUACUUUAUGGAGAGCAAAAAACAGAUCGCAAGAGUAUUCUGAGAACGGACAGCAGCUGAAAUAGCCUGCUCUUUGGUGGGUCCCCACUCAGAUCUCAAGCUGGUUUUAGCUCAUCUAGUGCCAUUACAGAGAGAACAUAUCUGAAGCAUAUCAGACUGGUCCCACCCAUACGGGCAGCCCAGAUCUGAAAUGCCAGCAAGUUCUCUCUGCACGAGAGAUACAGCAACCCCAGACAAUCGUUUCAGCCUUUUUAGGCAUUAUCAGUGAGGCAUAGCUGAUAUCUCUCUAGGCACCAUGAGCAAGGGGUCCACGUCUGGAUUACCGUUUAAGCUUAUGGAGAGCAAAAAACAGAUCGCAAGAGUAUUCUGAGUAUUCUAAUUUGUUAUUUUACUAUAGACGAUUAAAUAAUCUAAAUGUGCAGCCUAAGGAAAUAUUGUGUUUUAGAUCUCCCUUUCAAAAAUAGUAAUCACAACCUUUGCUAUGCUAGGAUUAUAUAUUCUGUGUUAUUGGCAUGCUUUAAUACAUUUUUCAAUCAGUAGGUUUAUAACUGUGUUGAUAAAUUGAUUUGAUUAAUGGCGAUAUGAAGUGAAUAUUUUUUUUUUUACGUUUUCCCAACACAGGCACAGUCUGUGAUUUCCGUCUAUCAUAUGGCCGUGUUCUGAACCGUCGCAGUAAAAUCAUUGCUGUAAAUAGAGAUCGAUCUCAGCUCUUGAAGAACUCCGAUAUGUUCUGGAAACCAACUGUUGCAAUACAAGGUAACCUAAAGGAUUAUGAACUAAUUAUUCCCCUGCAGGAACGACUGCUUUAAACCAGACUUGAGAAACCCAUAUUGAUCAUACAUUAUGAUUUAUUUUUAUAUUUUAUUGCUAGACCAACCAUAUGUCUUGUUUAAGUGUUACUGUAUACUUUAACCAUCUCUUACACAGACCGUACUCAAUUUAUGUUGUGCAGGGGAUGCUGGCUCCUUUAUAGUCAAUCUCUCAGAGGGACUCAAGGGAUAUACCUGUCCCUCCGACUGGACAGAACAACUGAAGUCGGGAGAUGUCACUAAAGAAAAAGCAAAUAAGUAAUGUAUCUGCAGAUAUGAUGUAAAGCAAAUAAGUAAUGUAUCUGCAGAAAAAUCUGCAGAUAUGAUGUAUGACAAUGAUCUGAAUGGCUCGGAUUAAACAAACAUGUUGGAUUUUAGCUGCAGUUAGACUGUAAAUGAUGGGAUGUUGUUCUAUAUAUCCAAAGAUAUGGCGGAUCAUAUAGUGCUCUGGUUUUGUUUACUGUGUAAACUGUAUCAAGUUCUCUUGCAUUCUAUUCAGUAGACGCUCUGUUAAGCCCGUGAAAUCUCUACUGAUUACAAAUAUAAACCUCAACUUGGUAGAAGCUUGAAACAAUAUGUUUGUUUUUCUGCAUUAUCAUUCACUGCACUAUUUAUUGUAUAUUUUGAUGAACAAAGAUUGCUCGAUUUUCCAAUUUUCUGUUAUAAAAGAUUCAAUUUAAAGGGGACAAUAACAGCAUUAAAUGACUUACAUUUUGUAUUUAAAGAAUCCAAAGAAAUGCACAUAUCAAAAGAAGAAUAAGUAUUACAUUUGCUUGAAUUGUUCAUGGUUUGUGAUGUAAACAUGAGGCACAAUAUGCAAAGUAAUUUAAAAAAUACCAAUUUAUAAGAACAAUUUAUUUAUGUUGUCAUAAGCAGAGGCGACAAAUUAAAUGCAAGCAAAUUAAAUGCAAUGUGUUUAAACAUCAUUCACAUGAUACUCAGCCAUGAUUUAAGCUGUCUGAGCAUUAUGUGAAACGCAGUUCAGUAUGAAGGUAAGCCAUCACUGCUUUACACUAUUUUAGAAGGGGUAGAUGUGCAAAGAGGUCAAAACCGAAAUCUUCAUCUUCUAAUUAACUGCCUGUAGGGCUGUACUUCUCGCUUUUUUUUUUUUUUUACCAUUUCAAAAUUCCUGCCCGUGUUUUGAUUGGGAAAACUUAUGUCUUUGAUACUCAGGCUAAAGGCUGAAGAGAAAACUGAAAGACACUUAAAUCCUCUCAAGGUUUUGCAUUUGGUGGAUGAAGAAAUGGCAGACGAUAGUAUCAUUGUAGCAGAUGGAGGAGACUUUGUAGGAAGUGCUGCAUACAUCCUCCGCCCCAGAGGUCCACUGCGCUGGUUAGAUCCAGGUAAUAUCUGGUGGACAAAAACAUUCUGUACUAACCUACAGCAUGCAAUCCUAAAUCAAAACACGGCCCCCAAAUGGACAUUUAGUGACUGGUAAGGAGGAGAGAUCUGUUGUCGGUCUCCCAAUAUAUGAAUUAUUGCACAUAAACUGUUUGGCUUCAGUCUUAUUAAUUCCCAAGGAUUUAAGAUAAGCAGAGACAAAGCUUUUAUUGCAGAUCAUUAUUAUAAUAUUUAAAUUAUUACACCACAAAAUGACAGCAAUGAUGAUAAAACGACUGCGUGCGUUUCACAACAGUGGCAGGAAUUUCUCACACUUUUAUUUUCAUUUCUUUUAAAAAUUAUUUCUCUGCAAUAAAAGCGUGGCCUAUGCUUAUCUUACAUAAACGUGGAUUCUGGGAGUGUAAUCUUAGUGCACAUUUGAUUCAGAUCGCUUAUGUGCAUUAUUCCAAAUAUCUGUUGUCAUCCAUUGCAAUUGAACAUUUUGGCAUUCUGACAAAAGUUUCUAUAAUACAAUGUAACUUGGAAUUACUGCCUGAAGAUCAUAUAUUUAAAAAUGAUCAUUGAUGAUAGAAAGGAUACUAAAUAAGAAGGCACUCUAAGCACCAAUUAGAGUGUUUGGGGUGUACGAAUAAGACAUCUGCAGUCCUACUUUAGAUUUAAAUCCCUUUGUUUAUUCAGCCCUAGUUACACCUCCCUGCAUGUGACUCCCACAGCAUGUCUACAUCCUAAAAAGAACCUGAAAAUUGUAAACCUUUCUGAAUUAAGCAGAAUCAGGGGCAUGCUCUAUCCAUCAAAACUUCUUUAUUAAUCUAAAUAAUGGGUCUUAUAGUUUCCUUAUUAUAAGUUUUAUUUUGUUUUAAUAUUUAUUGCUUCUGAAAAUGCACUGUGGACUUUUGAAAAUCUGUUCAAUGCAGUACAUUUUAAGGAGUUUUAGAGGGGUAUGACAUACAAUUGCUAUCUCUGGGUUAAUUGUUUCUUAGACUAGAUGAGUUCAGGAAAACAAAUCUCCUUAUCCGCUAUACUCACAGCUUGGCUUUUUUAGUCUACAUUUAGCAAAACAAAACACACUGAUCUGUUACUAAUGUCUGUAAAAUAUCAUGUGCUAUGCUUUGAACAAUCCUAUUCAGAUGUGUCUUCAUAUCUCCUUUUUAGGUGCAUUUGGUACUCUAGGUGUUGGUGGAGGAUUUGCUUUGGGGGCUAAGCUGUGCCGCCCAGAUUCAGAGGUAAUGGAAUUCCCCUCCCCCUCCCAGAGACACGAUAGUUAUUUAUUUAUUUUUUUAAAUGUUUUAAUUUAUUUAUUAAGAGAGCAACAAUUUAUAAAGAAAGCACAUUUUUUUUUCAUUUUGUAAACUUUAUUUAAUCUGCUACAUUUACUGUCAGUUCCACCCUUGCAACGCUACCAUAUUUUAUUACUUGCUACUUAGUCUACUCCCAAGUACCACAAUAAAUAAUACAAUAUAUAUAUAUAUUUAUAACAGACUAUAGUAAAGGCAUAUAUCAGUCAUCCAUUUUCAAAGCAAAUUAAUGCUUGGUUAUAAUUUUAAAACUACGUCACAUUUAAAUGACAUCAUCUGCUCAAGAAUGAUCUAACUCUUUUUUUUUUUUUUUUUUCUAACGUACCUAAAAGAAUAUGCAAUUGAAUUGUGAAUAAACUGCCCCCUCCCACACACACCUUUUCCCUUUUUUUUUCUUCCUUUUUUUAUGUUUUGUUUUGUUCAUUAUUUUAUGAGAAAUUAUGACUAUUACAAGUAUUUGUAUACUAAAUCUUAUGAAUAGAGGUUAAGAAGAUAUUAGCUUUGAUGUUGUAACUCUUGAUGGGAUAUUCCACCUCAGAUGUAUUGGCUGUAACCUGCUCUCUAAAAAUGUAAAUAAAAAAAUGAUGUAUGUUUGUGUUUGUAUGAUUUUAGGUGUGGAUUGUAUUUGGAGAUGGAUCAUUAGGAUACAGCAUUGUAGAAUUUGAUACUUACACACGUCAUAAGGUAGAAUUGAUUUUUCGAUUUGUUUUAAGAUUUUGAGAUUGUUCUAUCUAAUUAGCCGCUAUGCUGGCAGGGUGAUGCAUGUUCACAUGACACAUGGAAAUAAUAGCUUUUCUAUUGUUCCUUACCUGCAACCCUUUGCUCCAGCCGUACUAUACUGAAGACUUAAAGGGACACUAUGGUCUUCAAUACAACUUUAGCCUAAUGAAGCAGUUUUGGUGUAUAGAUCAUGCCCCCACAGUCUCACUACCAUAUAGCAGUUAAAGCCCGUUGUUUGCAGCCCUAGUCACACCUCCUUGUAUGUGACUUACACAGCCUUCCUAAACACUUCCUGUACAGAGUCAUCUAAUGUUUACACUUUAUUGCAAAAUCUGUUUAAUUUCGACUUUCUUUCUCCUGCUCUGUUAAUAGCUUGCUAGACCCUGCAGGAGCCUCCUGUAUGUAAUUCCAACUUACAGAGCAGGAGACACUAAAACGUCUCAAGUAUGUUAACAUCUGAUUGAAAAUUAAACCAUUUUGUUUUCAUGCAGGCUGUGUUGGUCACAGUGAAACUUCAGAGGCAUGAUCUAUACAAUAAAACUGUUUCAUUAAGUGAAAGUUGUUUUGGUGACUAUAGUGUCUCUUUAAAUUGUGCUACACUUGUGUCUGUUACGUUUCACUUUAAAAAUAUGCAGUUUUUAUCAAAGAUAUCAUAGCCUAUUUUUCCAAGAAACUUAUAAUACUAUGGGCAUUUUGUAGACAUGUUACCAUUAUUAAAAAUAUAUUUUUCUGUUUAAAAAAUCUGUUCCAGAAGAGUUGUUUAGGGUGAUGCUGGGGAAUAAUAAAGUAACAGCACAGAAGGGCCCCAUUAAAAUUUUUUUGCUAUGUAACAUUUUUUUGUUAUUCUGGUUAUUUUUUUCACGUACGAUAGACUCCAGUGAUUGCGCUUAUUGGAAACGAUGCUUGCUGGAGUCAGAUUUCUCGAGAACAAGUUCCAUUGUUGGGAAGCAAUGUUGCCUGCAGCCUGGCCUAUAAUGGUGAGUCAACCGAUGCAUAUGAAUACAUUGUUCUAAAGGUGGUUGGUAAAAUUGAUUUGUUUGGGUGUUGGAUCUCCCUACUUGGAGAUUUACAUUUUCAGUUCUUGCAGCUUUUGUUCUCAAGCUUAUCGUCUGAGACUUCGUUAGUAACAAAUAAUGCAACUUUUCUUAAUCUAUCAAGCAAUCAAAAUAAGAUAUUAAUUUUUUAUAUGCAUCACUGCAUUAAGGUAUUGUGGCAAUAAGUAGCUGAAUCACUAACUCCUUUUGUUGUCUGCCGUCAUGUGGUAAGGCAAAUAACUGAUAAGACACAAAUGCUGUUAAAGGAUCACUAUAGUGCCAGGAAAACAUACUCGUUUUCCUGGCACUAUAGUGCCCUGAGGGUGCCCCCACCCUCAGGGUCCCCCUCCCACCCGGCUCUGGGGAGAGGAAAGGGGUAAAAACUUACCUUUUUCCAGCGCUGGGCGGGGAGCUCUCCUCCUCCAUUCCUCCCAUUCGGCUGAAUGCGCACGCGCGGCAAGAGCUGCGCGCGCAUUCAGCCGGUCGCAUAGGAAAGCAUUUAGAAUGCUUUCCUAUGAACGCUUGCGUGUUCUCACUGUGAUUUUCACAGUGAGAAACACGCAAGCGCCUCCACCGGCUGUCAAUGAGAGGAUUUGGAGGAUUUGGAGGAAGGAUUAACCCAUUUGUAAACAUAGCAGUUUCUAUGAAACUGCUAUGUUUAUAAAAAAUGGGUUAAUCCUAGCUGGACCUGGCACCCAGACCACUUCAUUAAGCUGAAGUGGUCUGGGUGCCUAGAGUGGUCCUUUAAGCUUUAUAAUUGCGACACUGGAGAAAAUAUCUUUCCAGAUUAAGUACUAUAAUUAGGAAAAUUAGAUGACCAAUUUCAUCUAGUCCUCAUGCACAGAAGUAAAUAGGUAAGUAAAUUCUGGAGGUGUAGAAGAUUACAAGGGCAACUGUUACAGAAUUACAGACUUGGUAGUCUGUGCAGAUAGUCCAAAGUAUUCAGUUUGGAUGACAUUAUCAGAAAUAUACGUUUUGUUUAUAAAAAAAAAAAAAAAAAAAAAGGUUCUGGCUAUAUUACAUCCUAAACUCCAUAUAUAAAUACGUUUUGGGUUUGUAUGUUUUUUUGUUUUUUUUUCUUCUGUUUUUGAAAGCAAUGCAGAAUGUCUAGGAAAAUACUAUUUUCAAGUCAGGGCAUUGGCUGGGCAAGUCAAGGACAUUCACAUAGUUGUCCUAAGCCAUUUUUGCGUUGUCUAGGAUAUUGGUUUAGUGUCAUGCUUGUGUUAAAAGGUGAACCUUUGGCCCAGUCUGAGGGACUGAGCGCUUUGGGCCAGGAAUUCAUAAAGAUGUGGUUUGCUGCAUCAGACGUUCCCUCAAUCCUAACCAGGUGGUUUGCUGCAUCAGAGGUCCCCUAAUUUCUAACCAGUCUCCGUCACUGCCGCAGAAAAACAUCCCAAAGCUUGAUUCUACCACCACCAUGCCUCACUGUUGGGAUAAUAUUGCGCAGCUGAUGAGAAUUAUUCUGCUUUCCUCCAAACAGGGUGCUUUUAAUUGAGGCCAAACUGUUCAAUUUAGUUUCAUCGGACCAGAGAAUCUUGUUUCAGAGAGAUAAUUAUUAGACACGUGAAGACAUGUAAAAUUUCAUUCUGCACUAUAAAAAAAAGUGUAAUGAGAACAUCUUUUUAAUGCAAUUUAAUGAAUUACUAUCUCCCUGAUAAAAUAACUUUUUUUUUUUCUUGUCCGCAGAUUAUCACAAUGUGGCAGAAGGAUUCGGUGGAAAAGGCUUCCUGGUCACUCGACAGGAUGACAAUAGAAUAGUUGACAUCAUCAAGGAGGGACAGAAAGCUUGCAAGAAUGGGAAAGCUGUACUAAUCAAUGUGUUAAUUGGGAAAACAAAUUUUAGAGAAGGAUCUAUUUCUGUUUAAAACUUUGUUUUCCUCUCUUUACGUGUCGAUGAGAGUGACUCAGAAAUGGUAACAGAUCACAUCUGUUCUGGGUAGAUGCUAAAUGUUCUAUGUCCUUUCUGGGGCCAAUGGAUUUCUUUUUUUUUUUAUCCGAGUUGCUUUUCCAUUUUUGUGAAAAUGGUGCUUAGAAGCGUCUUCUCUUCCGGUAUAAUUAAUAUAGUUGUUGCCCAUUUGGCACUCAAACAGUGUAAAACUGAACUCAGGGAAACUAUGCACUUAAUUGUGCAUCAAAAUUGUAAAAUCUCACAGUGAAAUUAAAGUAAAAUAAUCUCUGUUUAAAUAGAAGAGGAGGUAUGUAUUUUAAUAUUACUAAUUAGAACUACCUACUUUAUUAAAUUCCAUUUCAUAGUUGAAAUUUGGUUUGCUUGAAAUCCAGCUUACAUUUUACAAGUUCGGUUGUUACUCUUUGUUUUCUAAUUGUAACAAUACAAUAUUUAGGCAUUAAUACUUGAUGUAAGAUAAAUCAUUUUGAGUAUAUUUGUAUCCUAUGUUGUUGGAGUGUAUUACAUCCUCUUGCCUUAGGAACUCUAUAGAGGUGUUGUUUUUUGUUCUCAUUUGAAGAAUAGAAAAAAUGGAAUAGUGCUGUUUGGUGGGUCCAAACAAAACCUAACAAGGGUCUUUCAGAAGCUUAAUAUUACGUAAUAUUGUUUAUAAUAUUACUCUUCUGUUGGCACGUGAAAGUAUAUUUUAAGUUAGAAGUGCUGUUGCAUUUUUUUCUUUCUUUUUCUGUUCACCAGUCGUUAGGACUAAAACUGCUAAUUUGUUUUAGAUUGUGAUUUGCUGUGUGUCUGCCAUCACAUUUUAUUUUUUGUUUUUAUUACUUUUUUAUUUUAAGUAUAGACUUAAAAACAAAUCUGGCAGAACCUCUUCCACUUUCAUUUCAUUCGUAGAGAUUAAAGUUGGCAAAUUCUGAACAUUGAUAAGGAUUAAUACGAAUAUUUCUUAGCACUUGUUCUCCUGGAUGUCAUCCAAUGUGCGAAGGUUGGGGAUGUCCCUGCGUGAUUAUACAGUAGGCAGUGCACAGGAAGUAAAUUUAAAGCCAUGAAAGGGAAUACUAAUAGAUUUUUAAAGUGUCACUUUUAGUACCUUAACCACUAUAGCUCAUAGUUGUUGAGAUACUUUGUUUCUGUGGGUGUCAUCCCCUGGUUUUCUGUUAACAUGUUUUGUAGCAGUUUUAUAAAACCCUGGUCUCUCUCCAGGACCUUUAGCCUGCACUAUCUGCAGCUACACUGAUAAUAAAGCAGUUGCAAUUCCAUGUUACCAAGUGCGAUUCCAUCCAAUCUUGAAAAACAGGCUGAGAGUGUGGAACUAACCCAGCCCAGCUUAGCUUCACCUUCUAAGCUGCACAUGUUUUUUUUUCUCUGUUGUGUCUUUGCCUAAUAACAUCUUUGAAAAACUUGGAUUGCAAUCCAUUCAUAUUUUGCCUUAGAAUUUACAUAAGUAGGCAGGAAUUUGUAGUUAAUUGUUAUUUUUAUUGGAAACCUUAUAUUUAGACAUGUUUUGUUCCGUAUAUUUUAAUUUCAGUCUGUACCAAUACAUCAGUUGUUAUAUGGUAAGUUCUAUGUUAGCAGCCUUAGUGUUAUGAAGGGUACGGUUACAGGUCAGUUUUAAGAAACUUUCAUUCCAAAGUGCAUGAGGACCUCUAGCAUCGCCGGAAUCCCUAUAGGAAAGCAUUGAAUAAUGCUUUUCUAUGGGGAGUUCUAAUGUGCGUGCGCGACCUUUGGCAUGCAUGCGCAUUAGGUCUCCCCGCCAGCUGACGUUGACGAGGGAGGAGCGUGGGCAGAGCCUGACCCAGCACCGAGGGACAACGGCAUUGGAUUCAGGUAAGUCACUGAAGGGGUAUUUAACCCCUUCAGCAACAUGGGAUGGGGGAUGGGAGGGAGAGAGGCACUGCAGGAACCUGCAGGGCCAGGAAAACAUGUUUUCCUGGCACUGGAGAGUCCUUUUAACUAAAUGAGAAUAAAAUAACAAAUGCAUAUGUACUAUCAAAGCCAAUAAGUGUACAUUUUUUUAUUUAAUUUUUUAGUCUUUUUUUAGGCUAAAAUAUUCUGAAACUUCAAAUUAUUUUCAUGUGUCCAGAAUGGAGGUCUCUCUAAAGGAUGGAAGCACUCAUUUGCUACAAAAUUCUGCAAAGUAAAAGAGAUCUCAAGGGCAGAUAUAUAGAAAAACAAGAAAGAAAAAAAACCACAAAGCUUGAAAAACUGAACAAUAUUAGUUAAUUUGGGGUUUAUUUUUGUAGGCAUGCAAAUAGAUUUCUUUCUAAUAUUUUUAGAACCAAAUCUCGCAUUUUAUUACUGUAGACUAAUUCUGUAACUUUUGUAAAUCUAUGUAACAUGUUUUGAUAUAAAAAUGUAAUAAAUGAACAUCUGACAUA